CUGUACAUCACUCGACCCUUGUUCAUCACAGUCAUAUCGCAACCCACAGAUCCAAUCUCUCCUUUUUGUCUUCAUCUCUUACCAACCCCACUAUUAUGGCCGCAAACCAACAACAUCACAUGGCGCACGAGAACGACAGUUGGAAGCAGCAGCUCAGCCUUCCAACAAAAGACGACCGGCCCCAGACAGAGGACGUCACUGCAACCAAGGGAAACGAGUUCGAGGACUACUUUUUGAAACGUGAACUGUUGAUGGGCAUCUUCGAGGCCGGAUUUGAGCGUCCAUCGCCUAUCCAAGAAGAGUCUAUACCAAUUGCCCUCGCCGGACGAGACAUCCUCGCUAGAGCCAAGAAUGGAACAGGAAAGACCGCCGCCUUUGUUAUUCCCUCGCUCGAAAAAAUCAACCUCAAGAAGAACAAGAUCCAGGCCUUGCUCUUGGUUCCCACCCGUGAAUUGGCCCUCCAGACAGCCCAGGUCUGCAAGACCCUCGGCAAGCAUAUGGGUGUUCAGGUCAUGGUCACCACAGGAGGCACGACCCUCAAGGACGAUAUUAUGCGUCUUGGAGAAGUCGUUCACAUUGUCGUUGGAACCCCUGGUCGUAUCUUGGAUCUUGCAGGCAAGGGAGUCGCCAACUUUAGCGAGUGCACAACCUUUGUCAUGGAUGAGGCCGAUAAGCUGCUCAGUCCCGAGUUCACGCCCAUUGUCGAGCAAUUGCUCACGUACUUUCCCAAGGAACACCAAAUCAUGCUGUACAGUGCCACCUUUCCUAUGAUUGUUAAGACGUUCAAGGAUAAACAUAUGGUUAAGCCCUACGAGAUCAACCUGAUGGACGAGCUCACGCUGCGCGGUGUGACCCAGUACUAUGCAUUUGUCGAGGAGCGUCAGAAAGUUCACUGCCUCAACACUCUGUUUUCUAAGCUCCAAAUCAAUCAAUCCAUUAUUUUUUGUAACUCUACCAACCGAGUCGAGCUGUUGGCCAAAAAGAUCACCGAACUCGGAUAUUCUUGCUUCUAUUCUCACGCAAAGAUGCUGCAGUCGCACCGUAACCGGGUGUUCCACGAUUUCAGGAACGGUGUUUGUCGCAACUUAGUCUGCUCGGAUCUCUUGACCCGUGGUAUCGAUAUCCAGGCAGUGAAUGUCGUCAUCAACUUCGAUUUCCCCAAGAACGCCGAAACCUAUCUCCAUCGUAUCGGUCGCAGUGGUCGUUUCGGUCACUUGGGUCUAGCUAUUAACUUAAUCACAUAUGAAGAUCGCUUCAACCUGUACAAGAUCGAGCAGGAGCUGGGAACAGAGAUUCAGGCCAUUCCUCCAGUCAUUGACAAGCGCCUCUACGUAGCGCCUUCUGCCCUCGACGAAAACGAUCAUGAGGAACAACAGAAACGUAUCCAGCAGCAGCAGCAACAGCAGCAACAGCAGCAGCAGCAGCAAAACCAGCAGGCGACGCAUCACCACUAUCAACAGCAGCAGAUGCAUCACCAGCAACAGUUUCAGCAACAGCAAAGGUCCCAGCAACAGCAGCGCCGUUAAUGCGUAGCUGUUGAAUGGCUAGCCCACCACAGUAAAGUGGGAUUUUUU